GCUUCGGAGACGUUUCCGGGUUGGGAUGGCGUCGAGAGAGCAGCUAUUGCCGGGAGAGGAUGACCAAAGCGUCUACCGGAAGCUGCUGCUGAGCCAUGGCAUCACCAGGCUGGCGACCCAGGGCUGGCUCUUCAUUGCGCCCUUGGUGCUGCUGAGGUUCACCCCGGGCCAGCUCUUAGGCCCGGCCUUCUGGGGACUUUGCACCACGCUGGGCACCUCGCUGCUGAGUCCCCCGCUGGGCGCCUGGGCGGACCGCAGCUGCCGCAAAACCACGGUGACGCUGGGCGUGGCCGCGCAGGCGGUGGCGGUUUUGGGCGCCACAGCGGUGCUUUUGCUGUCGAAAGUGGAGGGCAGCGACUGGGGCGCUUUGCUGGCCUUCAGCGGCUUCAGCGUGCUGGAGAAGCUGGGUGCCGCUUUGAGCGACGUGUCUGUGAAGCGGGAGUGGGCGCCGCGCCUCUUUGAGGGCGACAUGCUCAAGCGCACCAACUCCAUGAUGUCGCAGAUCGAUCUGGCCAGCGAGACCGUGGGCCCUUUCAUUGCUGGGCUCCUGAUCAUGCCAUCGCUGCAUCUUCCUGGUCUGCCGCCUGAGAGGGCGGGCUUUGUGAUGGUCGGGCUGCUGAACGCGGCCUCCUUCCUGCCGCAGCUGCGGCUCCUGCUGCAGAUCUUCGCGGCGCGGGAGGCCAAGCUUCAGCCCCUGCGAGCGGAGGAGGUGCAGCGCAAGGCCAACCCUCUGGUGCUCAAGGGCGGCGCCUGGACUGCCUGGCUGCACCACCCCAGCGGCAUCCAGUUCCUGGGCCUCUCCUACUCCUUGCUCUACCUCACGGUGCUGUCGCCCCAUGGGGCCUUCCUCACUGCCCACUUGGCACAGCAAGGCGUGCCCAGUUGGCAACUUUCCCUGCUGAGGGGUGCUGGGGCGCUGCUGGGCGUGCUGGGCGUCAUGGCGCACUCCUCCGCCAGCGUUCGCCUUGGCCGCUGCGGGGAUGGUCUCUUCGUGCUGUGGCUGGCGGGAAUGACCCUCCUGGCGCUGAGCGCCUACCACCAGGUGGAGGGGCGGGGGCUCACCUGGCCUCUGCUGAUCUUCAUGUCGGCCGUGUGUUUGGCGCGGCCAGGGUUGUAUGGCUUUGAGCUGGGAGUGCUGAACACGGAGCAGGAGUUGGCCGACGCUCGGCACCGCUCAGCGAUAGGCUCCGUGGACACGGCCCUCACGUCCUUCGCCACGCUGGCCAUGUACGGCUCGGGGCUUCUUCUGGGCCGCUUCGCAGCUCGGAUGUACCAAACAAUCGGCUCGGACGCCUCGAAGGACCUCAUGUCCCGUGCGUUCUGCGCCUGCCUCCUUCCCGUGUCGCUGGCGCUGCCGGCGGUUCCGGGAGCGGCAGAUCCCAGGUGCCCAGAGGCCGCGUGUUGCGAGGACAAGGCCAAUUUCCACUGCUGGGGCCACGGCUUGUGGACAUUUGCCUAUUGCUGCGCUCGCGACGGCGCCGAGGACUGCUAUCGCUGGGGCGAGGACUCGGUGGGGCAAGACCUGGCAGUGGCUGAGGCGGUCUCCGGGGUGCAGUGCCGCCACCUCUGCCAGGCCAGCGCGGAGUGCGGGUACUGGACCUACCUGGUGCAUGCCCCAGAGCUGAGCUCGGAGCUGCGGGGCCGCUGCUUCCUAAAGUCCGCGGCGGCAGUCUCCAAGGCACAGAAGGCGCAUCCCUUCGUGGUGAGCGGGGAGAGGCUCUGCCGCUUCUUUGCGGAAGGCCUCAGCCCGGCGGAGGCUGCCGGGCGGCAAGGUCUGGCGGGCGCCUGGAAGACGACGACGGAGGCCGCAGGAUCGGGGUCGGAUGGCCUGCUGCCGGGCUCCGGCACCGCGGGGUGGUUCCUGGAGGCGUCCAAGGCCCUGGAAGAGCAGGGCUUCGUGGUGAUUUUGGACGCGCUCAAGGAGAGGGCAGAGGUGCAGCAGGUGGCCCAAGAGGUGGCGGACAGAAUGCUCCGCCAGGAUCCGGACCGCCUCGGGAACCGCGGCCCCAGGAGGUACAGCUUUGGCGGCGCCAGCCGCACGCUGCAUAUGAUGCACCUGCCCGGCUGGGAGCGACUGCUGGACAAUGCGGCAGUGCAUUUCCUGCUGGCCACCUACUACGAAGAAGGGGCCUUCUUGGCAUGUGGCGGGGGUGGCGACUUUGUGCUGCCGGGCACCAGCACCUUCCAGUCGCUGCAUCUGGAUGUGGGGGGGCCCGUGCACAGCCUCCACAAGGCGCCGGCCGUGGGUGUGAACUUUGUGCUGGAGGACCUCUCCUGCGCAGAUGCGCCUUUGAGGGUGGUGCCCUUCUCUCACAGGAACACCUCGGAGCCCCCGGACCUGUCCAGAGAGCCUUGGGACAUGAAGAGCUCGGUGCUGUGCCCACUGCCGGCAGGCGCCGCGAUCGUCCGUGACCUGCGGCUCUGGCACGGGGGCACGCCAUCGGCGGCAGCCAAGCCCCGGCUGCUGCCCAACGCGGAGUUCGUGAGCCUGCAGUGGGGCGCCCUCACGUGCGGCAGCGGGGAGAUCUUGGACCCGUGCCAGCCCGUGCUGCCUGCGGCGGCGCACCGAAAGCUGUCGCCCUUCGGCCAGGAGAUCUCCCGACGACUGGUGGACGCCUCGGGGCGGCUGGAGCACUUGGCGGCCGGGGGGUGGAUGAUCGAGGACUUCCGGGGCUACCACCGGCACAAGCAGGAGGCCUACUGA